GAUCAUCUACCUUCAAAAAGUCACUCACCCCCGAGAUGCCAGGUGGAUCUGGGCAACCAGGUUUACAGACCAUAAAGAAAGGGCACAGAGGAGUGGAUUCCACAGGGGAGACUACCUAUAAAAAGACAACUUCUUCUGCCUUAAAAGGUGCCAUUCAGCUGGGCAUCACCCACACAGUUGGAAGCUUGAGCACCAAACCUGAAAGAGAUGUCCUCAUGCAAGAUUUCUAUGUAGUAGAAAGUAUUUUCUUCCCAAGUGAAGGCAGUAACCUGACCCCAGCUCAUCACUACAAUGAUUUUCGGUUCAAAACUUACGCUCCAGUGGCCUUUCGCUAUUUCCGGGAGCUGUUUGGGAUCCGACCGGAUGACUACCUGUACUCGCUCUGCAAUGAGCCCCUCAUUGAACUUUCAAACUCAGGGGCCAGUGGGUCCCUCUUCUACGUGUCUGGUGACGACGAGUUCAUCAUCAAAACAGUUCAGCACAAAGAGGCUGAGUUCCUACAGAAGCUGCUGCCUGGCUACUACAUGAAUCUGAACCAAAACCCCCGAACACUGCUGCCCAAGUUUUAUGGGCUGUACUGCGUCCAGGCUGGUGGGAAGAACAUCCGAAUUGUGGUCAUGAACAACCUCCUGCCACGCUCUGUCAAGAUGCACCUGAAAUACGACCUCAAAGGCUCUACCUACAAACGCAGAGCCUCCCUGAAGGAGAGGGAGAAGGUCUUUCCAACCUACAAGGACUUGGAUUUUAUGCAGGAUAUCCCUGAUGGGCUCUUCUUGGACUCUGACAUGUACAAUGCUCUGUGCAAAACAUUGCAGAGGGACUGUUUGGUUCUGCAGAGCUUUAAAAUCAUGGAUUACAGUUUGCUCGUUGCCAUCCAUAACAUGGACCUGGCGCAGAGGGAACAUGUGAUGGCAGACGGCACGUCCCAGAUGGAUACGCGGCGCCCUGCAGCCCAGAAAGCUCUGUACUCCACAGCCAUGGAGUCCAUCCAAGGGGAGGCCCGGAGAGGUGGCACCAUCGAAACAGAUGACCAGAUGGGAGGAAUUCCGGCCCGGAAUGCAAAGGGGGAGAGGCUACUGCUCUAUGUCGGCAUCAUCGAUGUCUUGCAGUCCUACAGGUUUGUCAAGAAGCUGGAGCAUUCCUGGAAAGCCCUUGUCCAUGAUGGGGACACAGUCUCAGUGCACAGACCCAGUUUCUAUGCUGAGAGGUUCCAGCGCUUCAUGUGCAACACAGCGUUCAAGAAAAUCCCAUUAAAGCCAUCCCCUUCCAAGAAGAGCCGGAGUGGCCCGGUGGUUCCACGGCGGAGCUGCCAGGGAGGAGUUCCUUCCCAGGUCCACAUGUCCUGUGAAGCAAAAGCACAAGUAACCACAGAGGCAGAUGUAGAGCAAGGUUCCCACCUUGGUCGCCCAGAUCUCCUGCCCAGGACAUUGCCCGUGGAUGAAGCCAACAGCGACUCCAUCGCCACAACCCUGUCCACAUCCUCCCUGGGCAGUGGAGGCCUCAACUCUCCUGCAAACAGGUCAGUGGGAGUGCAAGUGCAUAAAGCUGACAGCUCAGCACCCAGAACAACUCCUGGCAUCUUCCUGCCUAGUGGCUCCCCGGGCCCUUCCCUCCCUGAGCACUCCAUGGAGCUGAGAGAGCAGCUUGAAGACCUGCAGGAGACAGAGAUAAGCUUU